AUGUGGUUUGGUGUUUUGUGUCUUUUGACAGUGGUAAUUUUGAAAAUAUUAUUGAAUUACAAUUGCUCAGUGAAAUUUCCUCCAGGUCCACGAGGUUUACCGAUUAUUGGAAAUAUAUUGAAUAUCGUUAAAUUGGUAAAAGAGGCGAAAUGUUAUUCGAAUGUCUGGUGCCGAUUAUACGAGAUGUAUGGGCCGGUUGUUGGUCUCAGAUUAGGGUUCGACGAACCGUUAAUUAUAGUCUCUGGAAAGGCUGCUAUUACCGAGAUGCUACAUCGUUCGGAAUUCGAUGGAAGACCAAAUGGAUUUUUAUUUAAAUAUAGGAGCGGUGGUACGAGGCAGGGAUUGUUGUUCACCGAUACAAAUGUCUGGCAUAGUCAAAGAAGGUUUACGCUAAAAACUCUGAAAGAAUUUGGUUUUGGUAAACAGAUAAUGGAACACGUGCUCCAAGAGGAUGCAAUUAUGUUAACGAACAUAGUGACUGAAUUAACAAAAACAGGAACACCUACGAGCAUACAAUCUAUCAUUAGCGCAGCUGUUUUGAGUAAUCUGUGGCUCCUUAUUGACGGUACAAAAUUCGACGUAGGUAUGGAAAGUCCGAUGCUGAAGGAAGCUAUAAACAUAUUAAAAGAUCUUACUAGUAGUUCAAAUGUAAUGGGUGGUAUUUUAAAUCAAUUCCCUUUCUUGAGAUACCUAUUCCCAAAUUUGACUGGAUUUUCAGUGUUCGCAGAACGUCAAAGUCGUAUAAAUAGUUUCUUUAUGAACAUAGUAUCGAAACACAAAGAAACGAUGAAUGAAACGAAACACGAGUGUACAAAUUUUAUAGACGCUUAUUUGCAAGAAAUAGAAACUCGUAGAACAAGUUCAUCCUCCUCAUUUUUCAAUGAAAAUCAACUAGCAUAUGUUGUAAAAGAUUUAUUUGCCGCUGGAGUAGACACGACUGAUAAUACAAUUGGUUUCGUGAUAGCAUUUCUUAUAGUACAUCAAGAUGUGCAAAUGAAGAUGCACGAAGAGAUCGAUAGAGUUAUCGGUAGGGAUACUUAUCCUUCUUUGAACGAUUGCAAUCGUUUACCAUACUUGAAAGCUAUUCUAUCAGAAGUAUGGAGAUUAGCAAACAUCGGUCCAACUUCUAUUCCGCACCGAGCAAUAAUUGAUUCGAAUUUAUUGGGAUUUGAAAUAAAAAAGAAUUAUACUUUAUUAGCGAAUUUAAAAAGUGUUCAUAUGGAUAAAGAACACUGGGGAGAUUCGGAAGUAUUUCGUCCAGAGAGAUUCAUAGAUUCGAAAGGACAAUUUGUAGAAGAUUCUUGGCUUAUGCCUUUCGGAUUAGGUCGUAGAAAAUGUUUAGGUGAAACUGUGGCAAGACAGACAACCUAUCUAUUUGUAGCAUGUUUACUACAAAGACUUCAUUUUAAGUUACCCCUAAACCAUCCUAAACCACGACUUCAGGGUACAGAAGGAUUCGUAGUUAUGCCACCUAAAUUGGAUAUCAUAGCUGUACAAAGAUACUAAUUUGGUAGUGAAAUAAAAUUUUUUAAGUGUUUUUAAUACAAAUUUCAAAUGUGAA